CGAACGUCACCACCAUCAAAGACCUCCACCCAACGUCACGUCAGGAAUUCAAUCAACCGCCCAUUCCUGCCCACGUUCUCCUCCGCACGCAUUCCUCGCAAGCCAGCAAACUGGCAAAUUACGCGACCCCACCUGUCUCGCCCUUGGCGUAUCGGGCUCUUGAUCCGCCCUUCAACUUCCAGCUCAAGGGGCGGACGAGCGGUGGGAUGGACAACAAUGACCGUCGGCGGACGAACCCAGGUUACGCAGGGCAGCAAGGCACGCUGCUCCAACCGCAAGCACAAUACCCCGUGGUAAGCGCAUCCGAUCGGUUCAGAAACACGUUGCCGCCCACGUCGGCACCUUCAUCAGCCAGCCGACCCGGCUCACAAAGUUACGGUUACGCUUACGGAGAAGGUUCACAGUUUGUACCAUCCGCGAUAGCACCUCCAAGUGCUUCAUACGGCGCGCAAGACUACUCCUCAAGUCAGACGACCACUCAACAGCAGCAACAGCAACAGCAGCAGCAGCAACAACAGCAACAGCAACGCCAACAGCAGCAGCAACGUGCUGCACAAUACUCGACCCAGUACGGGCAGAAUGCCAUGUACAACGUGCCUGGCGCGCAACCAGCACAGCCCGGGGGACAGUCACCAUACGAGUCGGUGCAACAAUACCAGCAGAAUCGAGACUCGGCUAUAGAGGUUCUGAGUAGCAGCUUCGGCGUAGCACAGAAUCCCCAAUAUUACGGCGUGCCCGGACAGGAAGGCCCGACCAGCGCGCCGGCCUCUGCGUUGGCAACGCAGAGUGUCCCUUCCCAGUACUCAUCCCUCGGAUAUACAGCACCCCAAGCCGCUGUUGGACGAGAAUCGCUUGCGUCCUCAUACUCUGCGCCCGGAAUGACCGAUCCCCACCAGGCGACCUCUCAAGGGGGAUUUCCCCAGCCAUCGUAUGGCAGCGGUGAACAACAACAGCAGCAGCAACAGCCGCAGCCGCAGUCGCAGCAACAGCAACAACAAUCACAACCACAAUCACAACACCAAGGCGGGAGCAACGAGUACGAUGAUUUCUACAACAACUAUCAAACAGAACUCAGGACGACAUUUCAGUAUAUACACGAUAGCCGUCUAAGCGAGGCGGCCACGCAGCUCAACCGUCUAUCUGACUGGCUACUACAUUGGGCGGAACCGCUGGUUCGGGACGACGAGAGCAACCACAGGUCGCGCCUCCAGUUGUGGAAGGAAUUCAAUACCUGCUGGCUCACGAUGUUGCAGCGCCAAUUGGAGAUGGCCCAAAACGUAGCGGCCAUGGGACAGCCACCGACAGCGCCCCAGACGCUCAUUGAGAAGGAAUACUUGGAGAAGAUCGUCUCCCAACUGGUCAAGAACUGCGACAACAUGGAGAAACAUGGGCUCGUUGACUAUGAGAUGGGUAUAUGGGAAGAGGAAAUCACUGCGAUGGCAAUAAAGUGCAUAAACGCAAUGCAAGAAGCAGGUCUGAGUUCUGACAGUUCCCAGCGCGUGUCCACUCCAGCGACAUCGCGGCGGCGGUAAUAGUGUUCGGCUUGGUGCCGAGAGGCCUUUGGUGGCUUGAGAUGGUGGCGCCUGACGACCGCCAUCUCAAUAGU